CCUUUCUAGCAGAUGCCAACGUCGAAGUGAACGCUCUAUGCAGCCCUAUGCUGACCUUCUCUGCGCAUCUCGAGUUCUUGCCUCUUCAUGCUGCGGCGAAGAUAAUCCGCUUGAUGAUCGAGUGAAGACUUCAACAAAUUGUUGGAUAUGCAGUGUUGGUUACCUCUAGCAGCUGCCUCUGUGUACCUUUGUGAUUCUGCUUUGUUUUUGAAUGAGCAUGAUGCUAAGUGAUCUAUGAUAUUCUUUUCACUGCUUCCAUCCUCGUUACGCCGUUUCUUUAAUAUGCGCAACAGUGACGACGAGUCCCUUCGAUCGAGGACAUCAUAAGGUUGACCUUUACAUCACAUUGAGAAGCGUUUGAACCUGAUACAAUUUAAGCGAAGUUGAGUUUCAACAUAAAAACAUCAUGUUUUACUCGCAUCAUCUCUUGAGCAAGAAGCAUCCAAUGGGCCAAAUUUGGAUUGCAGCCACAAUUCGUGCGAAUAUCAAUAGGUCGAGGGCAGCAAAAAUCAACAUCGAACAGAUAUGUAAGCAGAUUCUUAAUCCUCCAGUUCCGCUGGCACUACGACUCUCAGGUAUCCUCAUGGGAGGAAUUGUACAUAUUUACAACCGGAAAGUAUGUUUUCUGUAUGAAGACCUGAACGCAUUUCUCAUGAAGAUUAAAAUAGAAGCGGCACGAGACGCCGUUAAGGAUCGAACCACUCUGCCAAAGCGAAAAUAUCAUGCCAAAUAUGAGAAUAUCACAAUGGACGACGGUUUUCAGAUAUCUGAUCAAAGCAUUGAACGGUGUCGGAGAGCCUCAUCUGUUCCUUUGCAAGAGGCCACUAAUACUACGGAAGAAAUGUUCUUCGUUUUUCCUGACGCAGUGAACAUCAACAUUGAGGACCACUCUUCUCCUCGAGAUCACUUUCAGGCUGCCAUUGAAGACAUUACUUUGCAAGACUAUUCACCUGAAGAUUUGGACGGCCUUCGCAAAAGCGUAUCUUCUAUAUCCGUGGACAGUAUUCUCGGAGCUACAGAUGAUCAUUUGCCAGAGUUUCAGCUUCCAAGGAUGAGGCCAUAUCCAAACAACAAUCUGUGUGAAGAUCAUGUGCUAGAUUCCGUUAACCCAGAUAAUCGUCCACCCGACCUUUCCGGUGCACUGCAUACGAUAUUUGAGGAGCAGCUGCCAGAACCUGAUAUCAAUAGAAAUAGUAUUGAUUUGGCAGAGGAGGGGAGCUCCAAACCCACGCGGGAGAGACGGCAAAGGAAAAGGAAGAGAAACGUCCGAGCGUUGAUUUACGAUGGCACUACGACAGAAAUACCCAAGAAAAUGUUUACCCUUUGGCUCAACGAUAGAUCUGACAUUGUCGAUCGUUCAACCUUGAACCAGGUUGAAAAGACGAACAAGAAGCUGGCGGCAGCAGUCCUGCGUAAUUGGACGCUUCCAUCUGUUUGUGUGUCGUUGAAAUUGAAAUCGGGACCAGAACCAGUUUGGGCUCCAGCGCUGCAGAAGAUGUGGAGUUUAGCCAUUUCCGCUCCAAGUACCGCUGAUUUGGGAGAAAAAAGCGCUCAUUCUGGUCCCAGCACUCAACGCGCAUCACUACCUUCUAGCGACUCGAAGCAAAAUUCUCCAAUGGAGAUUGAUUUUCCUCAGGAAACAGCAUUUACAAUGGAAAAUGAUUUCCGCACCGGUGUAGAAAUUUCUCCUCUUACCGAUCAACCAAGCCUAGGGUCUGUGGAAAAGCUUCGAGCAGCUCUUCAAACGCCCAGCACUGGUAGCCAGGAGGAGUUCAUCGGGAAUAAGUUUGGCCUUAGAACACCGGGUCUUUUUGCCCCUCUAACCACAGAUGGAAAAUCUUCCAAGCGCUCGAUGCCAACAUCUCAGACAGGGACAGGGAGUCUAUCCUAUGAUAGUGAAGGAGAACUCCCUACAUCCGGAAAGUCCAAAAGAAGCCGUAGCUCUGCUCAGGGCAUUAGGAGCAUGUCUCCAGCUGUUUCGGGCGAGUUGCCGGAGCUGGAUUUUUUACCUCGGAGAGCAUCUGGCAAAUCUGACAUGAUUGAUUACUUUGCUAGUGGUGACUUCCAAUCUGGUAUCCUCGCGCAGUCUCAGCUACUAGAAGACACCAGUGGUUCUACUCAAGUACCAGUGCCGGCAGACUCAAUCAGUACAACGACUAUUAUCUUAGCCAAACUCCUACGGGAGCAUUUUAAUAAGCUGCAAGUCGCUGAUGUGUUUGAGGCGUCCAUGAACAAGCUAACGUCUGGACUCGACAAGACCCGCGCAGCCAGGAUGUUCUAUCAAGUCUGCGUGCUGGCUUCCAAUGAAUCAAUCUAUGUAAGUCAAGCGGAGCCCUAUGGAGACAUUCUGCUGAAACGCGGUGUAACACUUUGAUUUUUCUGUCCAUCUCAUUGACAGCCGAAGUCCUACAAAUGAGAAGACCUACAAGAGUGAACUGGAUUCACCGUGAACUAGAAGUUAAAUUGCGCAGUUAAAAUAUCCGUUUCACAGGUCGCUAACUCGGCAUAGACUGGAACCUUGCGAUUGAACCAUUCUGUUACAUCAGAUACAUGACCACCAAAAGAGAUGGCCAAUAUUUUUGAUGUCUGGUUCGCAAACUUGCACUCU